AUGACAUCUUUGGUAUCACAAAUGGUGUCUCCAGUGGAAACUGGACAUAAAGUUUGGCAAGAUCAGUCUUUUAUUAAGUGGAGAAAGAGAGAUCCUCAUGUCACUUUGCACUGCCAUGAAUCUGUUGAAGGAUCUCUUAGAUACUGGUAUCAACGCAACAAAGUGGAUCAUUUGGUAUCUAAAUCCGCUUUUUGGAAUGAUGAUGCCGUUCAAGCAGCUCUUGAUUGUGCAGCUUUUUGGGUUAAAGAUUUGCCUUUCGUUCAAUCUUUGUCUGGGUUUUGGAGAUUUUUCUUGGCUCCAGACCCUACAAGUGUUCCGAAGAAAUUUUAUGGCACUGCUUUUGAGGACUCAGAGUGGCAAACUUUGCCUGUCCCUUCAAAUUGGCAGACGCAUGGAUAUGAUCGACCAAUUUAUACCAAUAUAAUAUAUCCAUUUCCAGUUGAUCCUCCUCAUGUUCCUGAUGAAAAUCCUACUGGCUGCUAUAGAACAUAUUUCGACAUUCCUAAAGAAUGGCAAGGUCGGAGGAUUUUGUUGCAUUUUGAAGCCGUUGAUUCAGCAUUUUGUGCUUGGAUAAAUGGGGUUCCUGUGGGAUACAGUCAGGAUAGCAGGCUACCUGCUGAGUUUGAAAUCACAGAUUACUGUUAUCCAUGCGGCUCUGGCAAGAAGAAUGUUCUAGCUGUUCAAGUCUUUAGAUGGAGUGAUGGGUCUUACCUUGAAGAUCAAGACCAUUGGUGGUUGUCCGGUAUUCACAGAGAUGUGCAUCUUCUUUCCAAGCCUCAGGUAUUCAUUGCAGACUACUUUUUCAAAUCAAACCUGGCUGAGAAUUUUACUUAUGCAGAUAUACAGGUUGAAGUGAAAAUAGAAAGCUCUCUAGCGAUUCCUAGAGACAAAAUUCUUUCCAACUUCACCAUAGAAGCCGCAUUAUAUGACACUGGAAGCUGGUACAACAGUGAAGAAUCUGCUGAUCUGCUUUCAUCCAAUCCAAACCUGUACAUUCUUGUUAUCUCCCUCAAAGAUGCAACUGGACAAGUAGUUGACUGUGAAUCAUGCCUAGUAGGCAUAAGACAAGUAUCAAAGGCCCCAAAACAGCUGCUUGUUAAUGGGCAUCCAGUUAUAAUAAGAGGUGUGAACAGGCACGAACAUCACCCACGUGUAGGGAAGACAAAUAUAGAGUCCUGUAUGAUUAAGGAUCUGGUUCUAAUGAAGCAAAACAAUAUGAAUGCUGUGAGGAACAGUCAUUAUCCCCAACAUCCUCGCUGGUAUGAGUUGUGUGAUCUUUUUGGCAUGUACAUGAUAGAUGAAGCCAACAUUGAGACACAUGGCUUUUGUCUUUGCGAACAUCUGAAGCAUCCUACUCAGGAACAAAGUUGGGCUGCUGCAAUGAUGGAUCGUGUGAUAGGCAUGGUAGAGAGGGACAAAAAUCAUGCAUGCAUAAUUUCUUGGUCCUUGGGAAAUGAAGCCUCAUAUGGACCUAAUCAUUCUGCUGCAGCGGGUUGGAUUCGUGAAAAGGACAACUCACGGUUGGUGCACUAUGAAGGAGGUGGAUCCAGAACAACAUCCACUGACAUCGUGUGCCCAAUGUAUAUGCGUGUUUGGGACAUAGUGAAGAUUGCAAAAGAUCCGACUGAACCACGUCCUUUGAUAUUGUGCGAGUAUUCACAUGCAAUGGGGAAUAGCAAUGGGAAUAUACAUGAAUAUUGGGAAGCAAUUGAUAGCACAUUUGGUCUCCAAGGAGGCUUUAUAUGGGAUUGGGUUGAUCAGGGGUUAUUGAAGGACAGUGUAGAUGGUAGUAAACAUUGGGCUUAUGGAGGUGACUUUGGGGAUACACCUAAUGAUCUGAACUUCUGUCUGAAUGGCCUUACAUGGCCAGAUCGUACUCCUCAUCCUGCAUUGCAUGAAGUUAAGUUUGUUUAUCAGCCAAUCAAAGUUUCACUAAAGGAAAACAAAAUAAAGAUAACCAACACCCAUUUCUAUCAAACAACACAAGGCUUAGAGUUUAGCUGGGUCACCCAGGGUGAUGGAUGUGAACUUGGAUCAGGGAUUCUCUCUCUACCACCGAUAGAACCUCAGAGCAGUUAUGAGUUAGAAUGGGAGUCAGGUCCUUGGUAUCCUCCAUUGGCUUCUUUUGCAGAAGAAUUUUUUUUAACGAUAACCACUAAACUUCUGCAUUCCACACGCUGGGUUGAAGCUGGUCAUGUUGUUUCAUCUACACAAGUGCAGUUACCUACCACAAGAAAGAUCGUACCUAAUGUUAUCAAAACUACAGAUGCUAAAGUCUUUUGUGAAACUCUUGGAGAUACAAUUAGAGUCAGCCAUCCCAACUUUUGGGAGAUAACAUGGAACAUUCAAACUGGAAGUGUUGAGAGCUGGAAGGUUCGUGGAGUGCCUGUUAUGAAUAAAGGUGUAGUCCCAUGCUUCUGGAGAGCACCUACAGAUAAUGACAAAGGUGGAGAAAAACAAAGUUAUUACUCCAGAUGGAAAGAAGCUCGUAUUGAUAGCCUUGUAUUUCAUACAAAAAGUUGUUCUGUGAAGAGCAAAACCAGUGAUCUUGUGAAAAUAGAGGUUGUUUAUGUAGGUGAACCAAGUAGUGAGGAGGGCUCAUCUGCACAUUCAAAUGCUUUAUUCACAGUUAAUAUGAUCUACACAAUUUAUAGUUCUGGGGACUUGAUUAUUGAAUGCAAUGUAAUUCCAAGUUCUGAGCUUCCACCUUUGCCUCGAGUGGGAGUGGAAUUGCACUUGGAAAAAUCAGUGGAUCAGAUUACAUGGUAUGGAAGAGGGCCAUUUGAAUGUUAUCCAGAUAGAAAAGCAGCAGCCCAUGUUGGGGUCUAUGAGCAGAAUGUGAGUGCCAUGCAUGUUCCUUAUAUCGUCCCUGGAGAAUGUUCUGGUAGAGCAGAUGUUAGGUGGGUGACAUUUCAGAACAAGGAUGGAGUAGGAAUCUUUGCCUCAACUUAUGGCAGCUCCCCACCUAUGCAAAUGAGUGCUAGUUACUAUUCCACAGCAGAACUUGACCGAGCGACACACAAUGAAGAACUUGUUCAAGGAAAUGACAUUGAGGUGCAUCUCGAUCACAAACAUAUGGGAAUAGGUGGAGAUGAUAGUUGGACACCUUGUGUCCAUGACAAAUAUCUAGUCCCUCCUGUGCCAUACUCCUUUUGUAUCAGGUUGUGUCCAAUUACUGCGCCUACAUCAGGCCUUGAGAUAUACAACUCGCAGCUUCAGAGCUAA